AUGGAUGAAAUCCUGGAUGAAAGUCCUCUGAAAUUCAUAUAUCAGCCGAAGUUUGAAAGGCUCAAGGAACUGGUGAUAGAAUGUUAUGAAGCUGCCAAGGAGAGACUCAAGGAAUUGGCGCAUAACAUCACCUAUUGUCCUCGUACUUUCGACGGCUUUCAAUGCUGGACUGAGACUCCCGCCGGCACUACUGUGACGCAGAAGUGCCCCGACCAUGUCGUGGGCUUUGACCCUACCAGAUAUGGGCAUAAGACCUGCCUGGAAAAUGGGACUUGGUGGGAGCACCCAGUGGGGAAAAAGGCGUGGACCAACUACACUAACUGCAUCAACUACGAGGAUAUGAGGUUCCGCAGCUUGGUGAACAACCUGUACAUCGGCGGGUAUGCCUUGUCCACUUUCGCUCUGUCUCUCGCGCUCUUCAUCUUCUGGUACUUCCGGAGCACGCUGAACUGCACCCGCAUCCGCGUGCACAUCAAUCUGUUCUCUUCAGUGAUCAUCACGAACUUGCUCUGGACCAUCUGGUAUCUGACUGUCAUCAACGACGUGUUUGUGCUUUUCGAGAAUCCGAUCUGGUGCCAGACGCUUCACGUGUUUACUUACUACUUGAUGGUUACUGGCUACAUGUGGAUGUUCUGUGAGGGGCUGCAUCUUCACUUGUCUCUGGUUUGCGUGUUUAUGAAGAACGAACAAUGCAUGUUGCUGUUCCGAUGCAUUGGUUGGGGCCUCCCUGCUAUCAUCAUGUCUGCUUAUUCGGCUGUCCGCAUCUUCUCUGAGAAAUCUACCCAUCACUGCUGGACUGACUCGAGCCAUGCUUUCUUGCUCAUCUCUAUCCCGGUUCUCGGCUCUCUCGUUAUUUCCCUAAUGUUUCUGGCGAACGUCGUCUGCGUGCUGUACUUCAAGAUUCGUCGCACUCCGCGGCAGAGUACUUUCGUCGCUUUGGCCAAGGCUGCUAAGGCUGCUCUGGUUCUGAUCCCACUGUUCGGCUUGCACUUCAUCCUGAUCCCGAUGCACCCCUCCCAGCAAACAGCUAUCGAACAACCCUACCAGAUCUUCGCUUCGGUCAUCACUAGCCUCCAGGGUGUAUGCUUGUCCAUCAUAUUCUGCUUCACUAACCACGACGUCAUUAACGCCAUCCGCCUAGUGCUGAACCGCCGCCGCCAGCGGCGCGAUGUCUUCGCCAUGACAGCUAUUAGUGGUGAGUUACUGGUCAUUUAA